AUGUCUCUGAAAUUGUUUGUCAUCAUUGAUAUAGACACAAAAUUGGAAAAUUUGAAGCAAGUCCAAGGGUGCAAGAAAGGCCUUGGAAGAGCUGUAUUUACAUCCUCUCAAGCUCAGUGCCUUCCAAGUAAGCGAGAGGCCUUGCUUAAGAUGAAGCAUCAUCUUUCAGAUACUUCAAACAGGCUUGCCUCUUGGUCUCCCUAUGGAAUUAAUUGUUGCAACUGGGAGUUCGUUGUUUGCAACAACAUCACAGGCCACAUUCUUGAGCUUCACCUCACAACUCCACCUCCUUUCCUGCAUGAGACAUCAAUAUUUGGUGGUGAGUUACAUUCUUCUACGCUUGAUUUGAAGGAUUUGAAUUGUCUAGACUUGAGUGGCAAUGAUUUUGGAUAUAUGCAAAUUCCUACUUUUCUUGUUUCAAUGGCUAGCUUGAGAUAUCUUAACCUAUCUCAUGCUGGGUUUGGUGGAAGCAUUCCUCAUCAUUUUUGGAAUCUUUCCAAUUUGAUCUAUCUUGACCUUGGAGGUAAUCUUUUUGAAGGAAGCAUUCCUCAUCAAAUUGGAAGUCUCUCCAAUUUGAUCCAUCUUGACCUUAGAAGUAAUUAUUAUCUCAAUGGAAGCAUUCCUCAUCAAAUUGGAAAUCUCUCCAAUUUGCUCCAUCUUGGCCUUGGAGGUAAUAGUUUCAAUGGAAGCAUUCCUCAAGAAAUUGGAAACCUCUCAAAUCUAAACUAUCUUCAAGUUGAAGGUUCCAUCCCAAAUGGCAUUCAAAACUUAACACUGCUUCAACAUCUUGAUUUGUCUCAAAAUUUAUUCAACUCUUCCAUCCCUAAUUGGUUGUAUAGUUUUAGUCAUUUAAAGUCUCUAAUUCUCUCUGAUAACUCGUUGGUUGGCACUAUUUCUAGUAAUAUUGGAAAUUUGACUUCUCUUGUUACUCUUGAUUUGAGUGGUCCUAUACAUAGCUCAUUGGGAAAUCUUGCAUCUCUAAAGCACCUUGAUUUAUCUAAUAAUGCCAUUAAUGAAGAACUUGCUAGCUCCUUAGGAAAUCUUACAUCUUUGAUAUCUCUUUGUCUUUGGGACAAUGCUAUUCAUGGUGCAUUUGCUAGUUGGUUGGAAAAUUUAACAUCUUUGAUGCUUCUUGAUCUCACAAACAAUCAACUUAAUGGAAAUCCUUUUGAAAUUAUAGGUAAAGCACCUAAUUGCUGGAUGACAUGGCCAUAUCUUAAGAUAGUGAACUUAGAGAACAACCAUUUCACUGGGAUCUUAAAUAUAUCCAUGGGAUCCUUUCCAUGGUUAAUAAUGUUGAACCUUCGCGUUAAUAAUUUUUUUGGAAACUUCCCAACUUUUUUGAAGAACACAAGCAACUUAAUUUUCUUGGAUUUAGGAAAGAAUCAAUUUUUAAAAAGAAUUCCAACAUGGAUUGGACAAAAGUUGUCAAAUUUGAAGAUUCUUGUUCUUAGAUCGAACAAAUUCUGUGGUCCAAUUCUACGUCAAAUUUGUGGCAUGAUUAAAGAGCUAUUGUUAAAAGGAAGAGUUUAUGAUUAUAGCACCACCUUGGGUCUUAUCGCCAAUGUGGACUUUUCAUGUAAUGAAUUAUCUGGAGUGAUACCAACAGAAAUUACAGCACUUAAGAGACUCCAUUUUUCGAACUUUUCAAAUAAUCAUUUCAUAGGCCAAAUUCCUCAAAAUAUUGACAAUAUGAAAUCACUGGAGUCUGGAUUUUUCAAGAAAUCAUCUUUCAGGUGA